AGGGCAGAUAACUCCAAUUCUAAAAUGGCGUUGUGUAUUGCCGCAUUUUCUGAUUUGACUGUAUAAUUUGUGAACAACAUUGUCAUAAUGGAUCUCUGAUUGAUGACGAGAAAAUUUUAUCUCCAGACAAUGAGAUUUCAUCUUUUAGUUUGAAUGAUUAGACAUUAACAGAGAUGCCCCCAAUCAUUGACCCCCACAUUGGGAUGAGCGGAGGGGCCCCAGGAGGGGGAACAAUUCCCCUGGCUACCCUCAUUGACUACAUAGUACAGAGAACCUACCAUGAACUAUCAGUGCUGUCUGAACUGCUUCCACGUAAAACAGACAUGGAGAGAAAAGUGGAGAUAGUUCAGUUUGCCAGCAGAACCAGACAGCUGUUUAUCCGCUUACUGGCCCUGGUCAAGUGGGCAAGCAGUGCCACAAAAGUGGACAAGUGUUCAGAGAUCUGUAAUUUCCUGGAGCAGCAGUCCAUGUGGUUCGUGGAGACUGCUGACAUGUUGGCUAAGAUGGCCAGAGAGACCCUGGUCAAUGCCAGACUGCCAACGUUCUCACUGCCGUGUGCCAUAGAUGUGCUGACCCUUGGAAGUUAUCCAAGGCUGCCCUCCUGUAUUAGGGACAAGAUAGUGCCACCAGACGCCAUCACUCCGGCAGAGAAAAGACAGACCCUGCAGAGGUUAACACAGGUCAUACAGUAUAGACUGGUGGCCACUGAUCUCCCCCCACAGAUGAGGAAACUCAAAGUGGAAAAUGGUAGAGUGAAGUUUAAUGUUGAACAUGAAUUUGAGGCAACCUUGACCUUGAUGGGAGACAGUCCCAAGAUUCCCUGGAGAUUGCUGGACAUCACUCUGUUAGUGGAGGAUCCAGAAACUGGUGACGGGAAGUCGCUGGUUCACUCCUUACAGAUCAACUAUAUCCACCAGCUGGUCCAGUCACGGCUGAUGGACAAUGAACGACCCCUGCAUGACCUCUACAGAUUAUUACAUACAUUCUGCCUGUCUCUACAGCUGGAGGUCCUAUACUCUCAGACCCAGCGCCUGAUCAAGGAUCGUAUGGGGGACAGCAUCUGUGUGGAGAAAUACGACAUCGGCAAAUGUCUGUCCCUGUCUUACUGGAGGGAUCCCAACAGAAGAGACAGAUCACAGGAUGCUCUAUUGUUCCGGCUGAGCGUGCAUGUUGCUGAGGAUGACGAUGGCCGGCCCCUACAGAUCAGUCACUUCCCGUCCAUGUCCCCCGAGGAGAGCAGCAAGGUGGGGCAGGCCAUCAAGAGCAACCACCUGUCCAUGGAGAGACUGCUCAUACAGACCAUCGAGGUCCGCGGCCUCGCCAAGCUCAAGGACCUAGCUAAGGAUCUACAAAGGUUUACAGAGGGAGCUUGUGAGAUACGGGACCUACCUAUCGCCCUCCAUGUGCCCCUGUUGGAGCCCAGCAUGGACUCGGAGAAGCUGAGGGUAAUGGUGGACUGUCAGAGGGGGAACCUGCUGGCAUCUGUACCAACCUCCAAAGAUUUACAAGAGGUGGAUGAAUUAGAAGAUGCUCUGAAUGGUGACCGGAAAAAUCUGGACAGACUGGUCAGGAAUCUCAGGCUUCGGCUGUGUGUGAUGAGGUGUGAGAAAUCCUCCCAGUACCUGCCCACCAUCUGUCAGAAGCACCUGCCAUUCAUCAACCUGACCAAUCACCCGCUGGAAAAGUUAAGCAAGUCCCGCCUCUACAUCAGGGUUCCCAAACAGUCCGCCUUCUACCUAGUAGUGGAGCUGGUAGAGGGAGACACCACUGUGGACUACCAGUACCACCUCCUGGACACCACGCAGUGCACUUCAGACGGCUCAGAGAUAGACAUCAGCGAGGACCCGUGCCCCAAGCUGUACCUGAGGGCGGGACGUCUCAUCCCCCUCGAUGUCAACUCCUUCAUCCACGGCCCCUACACCAAGCUAUAUGAUGAGCAAGAACAAAGCAAUAUAGAAAGCAAGAGAAGAAAAAGAAAGAUCAUGCUGGGAGAACUACGAGAGCCGGCAGUCAAGAAAACCAAAGGACAGCCGUACUUCACUCCCGAGCUGGCCUACAUCCUGGCAAGUUGUGAGGAGAGGAUCCCUCUGGUCAACCUGGGGCUAGAGUUUGAGAAGAAUGGAGUGGUGCAUAAUGGAGUACAGGCCGACUGUGAGGGAACCUGCUUCUGUCUCUCUAUCCUCAGCAUGCCUGAUGUGGAUGGCCUUAGUGAAGAAAUGUGUACAAAAAUCAACAACCUGCUCCUGUCACUCAAAGUCAGAAUCCUGAGUAAACCAAUGAGAAACUGGAUUGUAGAGUUUCUGUUUUCUAAGCCUGUUUUAGAAAGUUCCAAUAAGAAAGAGCAAGGUCCAGUACAGCGAGUCCACAUCAUGAUGGAGCUCAACAUUGACAACCUUAAGAAGGUGGUCAAGGACAUCCUGGACGAGUGGGCAGGGAUCUGUCACCUGUACAGCAUUGUCCACGAGUUCGCCCAAAUGUACUCAGAUGUCAGAACAGAGCUCAGAAACACUGUAGAAAUAUACUCAUAUGACUAUCGUAAACUCUCAAUGAUAUAUGGACCCAACCAAACAAGUCUGAUAAACAUUCAGUGGAAGGGGGAUGCCAAACAGUUCAAUGUAUCGCUAGGAACUGUGGGUAAUUCAUCAACAGUGAACCCCCACACCGUGCUCCUGUCCCAGUACCAGAGGGAGCUCAACCACACCCGCUCCCUGGCCCAGAUCUGUCAGGUUCUGCAUGAGACCUGGGCCCCAAUGAUGUCCAUCAACAAACUGAACAUGUCUCUGGUUCAAGCCGCUGCUACGAAUACGAAGCAGCCCAUGCAGAGCUUUACUGUGAUUCCACAGUCCACCACACACGUACGGAUCGCAUUCAGAAACAUCUCUUGUAUUGAUGUACAUUUCCGUAGCAACAAGAUUGUUUCCGUUAGAGACGGGGCCUACAGUCUGUUUGAUAACAGUAAGGCAGUGGAUGGAUUUAGCCCCACCUCCAUGUUCAAGCAUUUCCUGAACAAGUACGUGGAUGAUGCCAUCACGGGCAGACACACCCACAGAAUGUCCACCACAGAGGACGACAACCCCCCCUCCCCGAUGGACUCCAUCGACAUCUUUAGCCUGUCCUCCCAGACCCCCUCCACGGGGUCCCCUGCCUCCAGACAGCGGGGGGAGACCGGUCUAAGGUUCCCGAUGACCCCUCCCUCCAACCCCCACACCCCCGCCUCCCCUAGUGCUGCCAGAAUGUCCGGGGUGACCCCCUCACCCUCCACAGCGCUGAUAGGUACUCCCUCCCCAGGGACCCUGCUUAACGUCGGGUCGCCUGGUAACCCACAGCUCCAUGUUCCCUCCCCGGGAUCCAGUGCUUUUGUCCCAGCCCCCUCCCCCCAGUCGCUUGGAAUUCACAUGCCAAGUCCCGCCUCAGGAUUCAUGGGGCCACAGGGCCUGGACGUGGGGUCCCCAUUCACAAGUGCUAGCCUUGCCAUGCCAUCCCCUGUACAGAGGAACUGGCCUAACUCCCCCUCAGUGGCUGGCCCCUCCCCGGCCUCACGACACACUGCCCACUCACCGGGAAACCCCGCCCUCCACUCCCCGCAGACACAGGCCAAGGACGGGGAUCACAGCAAAGCUGCAAUGAUAAGCCACACAACAAGAAUGCUGCCACAGCGAGCUUGGGCUGCCUCCAUUCCAACCCUUCUUUCCCAUGAUGCAUUUGACACCCUCCUGACCCCGAAUCGACCUCAGGGCCUCCCGUACACUGUGUCGUUGUCCCCGCUGGAGAGGUUUCUGGGAAGUGUGUACCUGAGGAGGAAUCUACCUCGACUUAUUCAGUCCGAGUCGCUGACUCCAUUACGCUCCACAGACCCAAACAUCACCUCAUUCAAAGUCGAGACCCUCCAGUUCCAUGUGACCUUCAGCAACAACCUGCAGAGUCUCCACAUGAAUGUCCAACCUGUACCAGAACACAGAGAUCAGUGGAGCGUGGAGGUGUUAAACAUUAUUCAGCAGUACUUUGAUUCCAAGGUUGCUUGCCCGCCCUACAAAGUGAACGCACUGAGAGCGUUCUGUAGAAUUCUAGAUACUCCCAUCAGGAUCCUCAAAGACUGUGUACAGAUGAUGAGACUGGAGCUGAUGGGUCCGAACCAGUCCGGUAACAUGAAGUGGUCCAUGCAGUGGUGCCUGACCGUCCCACCUCACGCCGCCUUUGUGGCCCCAGCCGGAACCGCUGCUGUAGCCAAGAACAAACAGAUCAAGAUGCUGCUCAUGCUCCAGUUCACUAGGGCCAACAUCCAGCCCCCCGCGGGACAGGACCCUCAGUCUAUCAUCGUCCCCCUGCUGUACGACAUCAGCGCUAACACCAUCCAACACAUGGAGCCGGUCAGGGGUCAGCCACAGACCCCCGCCUACAUGGCCGUCUCACAGCUGCUCCAGAACUUCUACCACCCCCAGAGCGCCGAGUGUAUCCUGUUCCCGGCCGUCCAACACAUCAUGGCCAAUCUCAACCUGUAACUCCGUAAACUCCCAGGAAUUGAAACAAUCUCAAACUGUAUCUCUGAAAACUCACAAACAACUGGAACAAUCUCAACCUGUAGCUGGGUUAAAUUACAGGGGGCUGAAACAACCUCAGUUUAAAUCUUAGUGAACUCACAAGAGACUCGAGCAGUCUCAAAGUACUGGAACAAUCUCAACUAAUAGCUCAGUAAACUCACAUGGACUGAAACAAUCUCAACUUAUAGCUACAUAAACUCAGAGAGGAUGUGAAGUCCUUUAGCAUUUCUUUGCCCGACUAUCUGAAAUUCUACCAAGAAAUAAUGUUGUGUUUGAAUUGCUCUAGACUGGAUGGAUGAACCAUCAGAAUUCUUCUGAAGUCAUUCAAAACACAAUCGAUUGUCACUGAUUAAUGUACUAUGAGGGAGCAAUGGUUUGGUAAACAUGUAUUUGACACCACUUUGUGUUUUAAUGGACAAUAUCAAUGAUAGGAAAUCUUCACUUAAUGUGAUGAAAUUUGUUGGUGUAAAUGUAUCAAAGUAGUUUCUUAGGACAGUGGAAUGUCCUAAUUCCUGUCUGAUAGCAUUAUAGGAAUUGUAAAUAAAUAUUUAUGAAUUCAGUACAAAUGUACUUAAAUCAUGAUCAUGAUCAGUUUGUUUGAAAUGUUUGUACAGGUACAUUGACUGUAUGUAUAG